AUGUCCAUUCCGACGCCACAGUAUCGAUUGAGCGCAAUUCGAUCGCACGACGUCUAUGAGCCGUCGGAGGACACGUUCUUGCUGAUCGACGCCAUUGAGAAGGAUAUCAAGGAGAUUCGCAGUCGGAAUCCGCGAAUCGUUCUCGAAAUCGGUUGCGGUUCGGGCGUCGUCUCGACGUUCGUCAAUCAGGCGCUCGGCGGCAACGUGACGUCAUUGGCGACGGAUUUGAAUCCGCACGCGCUCGACGUCACACUCGAAACCGCCAAAUUGAACGACAUCAAAAUCGACGUCGUUCGAACCGAUUUGGAGCAGGGUUUGGAGAAUUUGACGGGAAAAGUCGACGUGCUGCUAUUCAAUCCGCCGUAUGUGCCAACCGACGACGACCCGAAAUCGAAUAUUGAAUUGACGUACGCUGGCGGCAAGACGGGUCGAUCAACACUUGACCGACUUCUACCGCGAGUUCCGGACCUGUUGUCCGACAACGGCGUCUUCUAUCUCGUCGCACUUCACGCCAACAACAUCCCAUAUCUUCUCGAGCAUUCGACGAGACUCAAAGCGUCGAUUUCGAUGGAGCUUUAUUAA